ACAUACAUUCAAGUACACUAGUAUAGGUUUUAUCAAGUGACAUUUAAUAUAUGCAGACCAGGAUUUUAUACCUGUAGGCAAUCCACGCCAUCUGCAGAUAAGACAUACAAGUAUUGAAUGAAACAGGGGAUUUAAAAAUAGAAUUGUAAAAUCCUGUAUUGAUUAAUCUACCUAAUUAUUAUGCAAGAGAUUAUUUUCAUUGUGUUGCCAUAUUCUGUUUGGGGGAUAAUCAUUGAUGUGUAACAAGAAUAACCCCCCAGAGUGCCUCAGUGUCAAGCUUCAAUGACUCACUGUGGUGUGUCCCCCAUUCAAUGACAAACUUCUUCAACUGUGAAAAAGAAAAAUAAGACAAGGAUUUCCCACUAACUGAAAGUCUCCAAAUUACCGAAAGUGAAACUAAUUUACUUCUUAGGACUGUGUUUGAUAGAAGUGUUUACACUGUGGUUAAUACUUGGAUAUUGUGAUCAACACUGAUCAGCAGGGACUUAAAUUUUCUACCUGGUCUUGUUAAUUGAUAGUAUAUGUGGAUUGUGUUCUACAAGAUAUUGAGAGCUAAUGGUUCAAUACAAGAUAAAGAAGCUAGUUCAUUGAGGGAUAUACCGAACAAUUGAUUGCCUUACUGUGGACGUUAGUAAACAGUGAAGAUAAAAUGACGAUUCGGGAUCGGUUACCAGAGUUUGAAGCCAAGCGAGAUCAGUAUGAGAGGGAAAGCAUGCGAGGAAAGAAAGGAAAGAAAUCCAAAAAAGAGGAGGAAGAUUUAUCUUUACCGGGGUUCCUCGAGAAAGUGAAGGGGAUGGAGGGGAAGCUGGCGCUGCUGAAAGCAGACGUCAGCGAACUCAAGAAAAUGCAGAACACAUUAUACUGUGCUCCCAAGGUGUCCGAGACAGAUAUACAAAGAAUGGAGAACCUGGCAGACAAGAUUCUGUCCAGCUCCAUCACCAUCAGGAAAGACAUUGAACUUCUGUCGUCUGCUGGUACUGACCCCAAGUCACAGAAAAAAGGACUGAUUCUGUCAAAUGCAGAACAACGUGUGCAGAGCAUGCAGAUUGAAAGGCUUUCUCAUGAACUUAGAACAACAAUGAAUGACUUCAGAACUAGCCAAGCUAGUUAUCUGGAGAGAACAAAGGCCAGACUGAAUAAACAGAGACAGAUAGCUGCAAUAACGGGUGACCCCCAGUAUGAUGUCAACACAAACUCGGUGAAUUUAGACCUGAAUUUUCAGAACACCAAUGCUUUCAUUGAUCCUUAUUUCCAGGAAUCCCAGAAAGCUAUUUCAGAGUUACAGGACCUUCAGGAGCGGGAGCAGGAAUUGAGUGACCUUGAGAGUCAGAUUCAUGAGGUCAACAUGUUGUUUAAGGAGAUGCAUGGACUCGUACAAGAUCAGGGUAAAAUGAUAGAUAAUAUAGAGAAACACGUAGAACUAGCGGUGGAGGACGUACAGAGCGGGAAUCAACAGUUAGAGGAGGCAAAGAAACAUCAGUGUGCCGCGAGGAAGAAAAAAAUCAUCUGCUUCUCCAUCUUAAUUACUAUUGUUGUAAUUGUCAUUAUAAUCAUUGUUGUGACGAUGACAAAUAGUGAUUCAGAGUGAAUAAGUUAGAGAGUGCUAUAUGUAGAACAACUGGAAAUCGUAAUGAGCACUGAACUACACAUACAUGUUCAUUUAUCAUAAAGAGUCAUUUAACGUCCAUUAUACAUGUACAUACAAUUAAAAAAUGGAUUUUCAGAUGAUAAAAUGCUACAGUAAAAUUUUUAUGAAAUAAGUUUUAUUUCCAAAAGCUUCACUUCACACUACAACUAAACCCUGAGGGCAAAAGGCUUGUGUAAAGAAUGUUUACAA